ACUGUCACCGAGAGUGGCACCUACACGUGUGAGAGUCCCGGGACCGGGCUCAGCCCUCACCUGACAGUCUCAGAUGACUGGCUAUUGCUGCAGGUGCUGGUGUGGGCGCUGCUGGAGAGGGACACGGUGACACUGCGUUGCCGGGUGUGCGUGCACAAUUUGGUCACCUCGGUGUCCUUCUACUGCGAUGCGCAGCAAGUGGGGACUCUCCACCGUGGGACCGAGCUGUCCCUGUCCCCUCUGCAGCUGAACCACAGCGGCCACUACCGCUGCAGGGACUUGGUGGUGUUCUGGGGAUGGGAGCAGUUGGCGUCAGUGGCAGGUCCCCCCGAGCUCCCCGAGGGGUCCCCACUCAAUCUCAGCUGCCUCAGCACCCCCAGCCCCCUGCGGCCCCCAGCCCCCCUCCUGUACCGCUUCUACCGGGACGGGCAGUUGGUGGGAGGCCCGCAGGGGUCCCCGCAGCUCCUGGUGCCUGCUGUGGGGGUCUCCCACUCGGGGAAUUACAGCUGCCAGGUGCGCUUCGAGGGGGGGACCAUGCGGAAGAGCAGCGCCUGGCUCGGCAUCACGGUGCGCAGUGAGUGCGGGGAUGGGCACGGGGAGCCCCCACAGCCCUCCCAGGUCUCCCGUCCCUGCUCAACCCCCUGCAUGUGGCCCUGCCUUCCCAGCUCUAUCCCCGGGUUCCCAUCACCCUCCCUGGUGCCUGCAGCCCUCAUCCCUCCCUGGAUGCACCUCCCACUUUCUGAUUUCCCUCCACUGUCCACAGAAUCUCCAUCCCACCCCACAUGUGCCAGCCCUGUCUGUGUCCCCGCAGUGCCCGUGGCCAAUGCCACCAUCACCCCCGGUCCCCUGGCACUCCAGGUGCGCCCAGGUGACCCUGUGACCCUGCGCUUCUUGGUGCAGGUGGGCUCAUCCCCUGUCACCUUCACCUGGCUGCACAACGGGCACCAGGUGGCCCGGGGUCCCCUCCUGGAGCUUGGGGCCAUCCAUGUGGGACAUUCGGGCACCUACCUGUGCGUGGCCACCAACCAGCUGGGACAGGAGGGACACCGCGUGUUCCGGGCACUCAGCCCAGAGCUGGCCCUGGAGGUGACACCACAGGGAACCACUGGACACCUCUGGAACACAGGUGGGGUCACAAGGGGUUCCCACGUGAGUCUGAGAUCCCCGGAUCACAGAUGACCCAGGGUCACCCCCACUCUGU